AUGAAAAGACACAAGGAAAAAGAUAUUGAGGCCGGCGGAGAGGGUCUCGGGGAGCUCGCGACAAGACGGAAAUUUUGGAGUCCUCAAGAGGGAUACACAAAACGCGUUAAAGGAGAAGACAGUGGCAGCUCGCCGGACUCGACAGACACCCGGCUGUUCUCGAAAAACGGCAGCGACGUCUUCUCCGAGAGCCAUAAUUUCGAGGCUACUCUGGAGCCGGAACUGCUCAAGCUGAGUCACAAGUCUAGUGCUGUGUGGAACAAGUACAAUUUCGAGUACUCCAGGGUGGACUGCUCGAUGCCCACUAUGGACCAGCCAACAGUGGAGCGUGUCCAGCGGUUUGUCCGAGGAUUAUGUGAGACAGAGAAAGUCGUUCUGGAGAGUGUUAAUUCCUGCGGAAUGUUAGACACACCUUCCGUGCAGAGGUCACUGGAGAACUUCUUCUCUGGCUUUAAUCUUACCUAUCCCUUGGUUCACGUGCAGAGUUUCAGUACAGAAAGUAUUUACUUGUUGGCAAGCCUUGUUUUGGAAGGAUGCUGCAGAGAGUAUGAUGUGGUUAAUAAAGUGGUUGCGAUGCUCGAGAAACGGCUCUUCGAGCUCCCGGGGCUUCUGGGCGGCAAUCUUCAGCUGAUCCAAGCCUUGAUUGUGUGCCAAUUUGUGAAACUCUUUUUGGGCGACAAGAUGCAGCACGAGCAUGCUCUUGCCUUUGCUGGUGUGCUUACUCACAUCAUGCGUCAGACUGGAUACUUUGAGCAGACGCCUGAGCCAGGAAGCUGGCACGAAUGGGUCGUAAGUGAGAGUCGAACAAGGGCUACAUUCCUUGCUCUGCGACUAAACGUUGAGAAGAGCGUGCUCUUUGGUUGCGGAAGCACAAUGUCGGCUUACGAGCUCCGUUGUAACAUGCCCUGUUCGCUCCAACUGUGGAUGGCGUCCGCUUACGAAUGGCAAAAUGUGAGACGCCGCUCAAAACCGGUGAGUUUCCCUGCGGCGCUACAGGGGUGUUUGAAUUCCAAGUGUGAUCUUACACGUACCGAUGGUCAUCAGAAACAGAUUAUGCUGCAUGGAAUACUGAGUGUUCUAUUGGACCGCCAAAAACUGAGUCCUGGCUUUAGCGAUAACAGCUGGAAAUUGCAGAUUCUGACGGCCCUCGAGAACUGGAACGACGACUUUAGCCGGUGGCAGAGUUCCAUGAACGAGCCUGUCAGAAGCGAUCCAGUUUUCAUGCAGUACACAACUUCCGUCGGAGCACUGUACCGGCACGCACAUUUGCUACUUUCGGCUAACCUCGCAUCGCCUAAGAAACUGCUAUCAAUAGCAAACCAUACCUUUGCAGAUAUCAGAACAGCGGUAUGGCAUGCCUCACAGAUGAUCAUCGAGGGGUAUUUGAACUUGGAUUACUGGCAAGCCGACGGCAGCUUCCACUAUGAUUGGUGUCUUUACACGGCCGUUAUGGUGAUAUGGAAUCAUUUCAAAGGUUCAGGUUCGACAGAUAUGGCCAAGGUGCUUCUCAAUCUUUCGCGGAGGACGCCCCAGGACAUCAUGGCCCCACCUAUCGACGCCAGACCGAUUAUGGAGCACUUGCAAAACAAACUGGCACAAAGUCCUAGUCUUGUCCUGAAAAAUCUCGCGAAGAAUAUGGUCUAA